GGCUGGGUUUAUGUCAUUAAAAUCUAGUUUAGAGAAUAAGAACAUCGUUGCUGAUGUUUAAUGUGAAAACACCCGCUCAUCUGGCAUGUAAGUCAAGGAUUAGCACGUUUUCUCCCUUGGUGUCGCCUUCUGAAUUUCCACUCUCCUCUCUCGGGCACCCCUCCGGUGAGAGCCGCGGCGUCUGAGCGUUGGUAGGGACUGUCAUCCUGCCUGGCUGCCCGGUUUUUUGGAGAGGAGAAGUUGGCAGAGGGAUGUUCCUGCGAUGAUGGCGCUGCAGCUUAAGAGCGGGGAUGCCGCGUACUACCAGAGUGCAGAAUACUGCAGAAACUACACUUCGCCGCCUGUCAGCUACGGUGACAGCAGCCAUUAUCUCGCACGAUUGCCAGGUCCAGAAACCAUGUUGAAGCCUCCCCUGAGUCUCUUCAGUCAUCCCCAGCAGCCUUUCCAACACAUGGAUUCUUUACAUCAGUUGGGACCUCCGCCAAUGGCACCUGCACACCCUCUUGGUCCACCACCCAUUGCCCCCGCUCAAUCUAUUGGACCUCCAACUAUGGCUCAUGGCCAGAGUCUAGGCCCGCCUCCCAUAAAUGCACCUCAUACAUUAAGGCCUCCUCCCAUUACCCCGCCACACACUUUAGGCCCCCCUCCAAUGCCUCCAGGUCAGUCAUUGGGGCCUCCACCAAUGGCACACACCCUGGGUCCCCCACCAGUAGAUCACACACAAGCAAUAGUGCCUCCAACCAUGGACCUUACACAGCAGCUGGGGCCUCCACAUAUGAACCCUGCACAAGCACUGGUGCCUCCACCUGUAGUGGCACCAACAGCAGGUCGAUUUCCCCUCCCUCCCAGCCCCUUGUCCUCACCUCCUGCUCCCGGCCCUGACCCUUCACAGAUGCCCCCAAGGCCCCUAGGACCAGCCCUCAUCCCAGCUACAGUGUCCAGCCUCAUCUGCGGUCCACUCCCAGGCCAGGCAGCCCCAACCAGUGAGCAGCCCCAGGAUGAGGGCUCCUCGCUGGGGACAGAGGAGCAGGAGGACUCUCUGGGACUAGAAGAACUGUGUAAACCGCUGUACUGUAAACUCUGCAACGUUACCCUCAACUCUGCUCAGCAGGCACAGGCUCACUACCAGGGAAAGAACCACAGUAAAAAGCUACGAAAUUUCUAUGCUGGCAGUCAGCAGCCACCGGCCAUCAGGAUCCCAGAAGCCUUUGAGACUGCGGGCCAGACGGCCCUGAGCUCAGGGUCCAGCGACAGUGACGCAGGCAGGCAGGCGCUGUAUAAGGGGGCACCCAGGGUCAUCUUGGCCACAGAGAAUGACUAUUGUAAAUUGUGCGACGCUUCCUUCAGUUCACCAGCAGUUGCACAGGCCCACUACCAGGGCAAGAACCAUGCCAAGAAACUACGGCUGGCUGAGGCCCAACAGAAUGCGAGUACCAUGGAAAGCAGCAAUGAGACAACUCCGAGAAGGAACAGGAAAGAUGGCAGUGAGUACCGGCUAGUGAAAAAUCGUCGCAGCCCACAAGUACCCGCUUCCAUGCCAGGGCCGUACUACAACCCCAGACCGAGGCAGCGCAUCCCCCGGGACUUGGCCAUGUGCGUGACUCCCAGCGGACAGUUCUACUGCUCCAUGUGCAACUGCGGGGCCGAGCAGGAGACGGACUUCAGGCAGCAUUUGGAGAGCAAGCAGCACAAAGCAAAAGUGUCGGAGCUAAGAUACCGCCAUGAGAUGGAGAACCUCGGCUACAGCUAAGAGACACAAGAGGGGAAGGGAAGAGAACAUGUAAAGAGUACAAGAACGCAGGGCAGGAAACUGAAAAUACUGCCAUACUUUUGAAGAGCAUAUUUAGUGGAGUGAUUACAUCAAGAUCUUUUUGCACUUUAUUUGGUGUAUGGAUUAAACACAUAAUCUUUCAAUUUGAUAGGAAAUAUAUAAAUAGAGGUGGCUGGUUGUGGCUCAGGUGGUAGAUCAGAUUGUCCACAAAGUGCAGGGUUGACAGUUUGAUCCCUAUUUCCUGAUAGACAGCCCAGCUUUUCGUGUCGCAUCUGCUCUGAUACAGGAGGCUAAAAUUGGAUUCCAUUAAUCCUUGUAUUGCUCUAGAAAGUGUGUAUUUAAUCAGCUCAUAACAUUCAGAGGAAAUUGUAGAUUUUUAAUCUUAAAACUUUGAACAAAAAAAAAAUCUGUUUUCUAGCCACAGAAUCAGACUACAUUUUUAAGCCAUUAUCCUUUCUUAUACUUUCUGCUCCAGUUCCUCCAAAGCUUUAAGUGGGUUACAUUCUGACUCAGGGCACAGGUAAAUGCAAAAGAAAUGCAAAGAAAUCUGAAAGAGGGGAAAUCAGGGUUUUGCUUUUUUGGCAGAAAGUUAGGUGGACAUGAGAAGAGGCUCAAGAAGCCUCAGCGAAGACAAAGAUACGCAGAAAACUUGAAAAGUACAAAAAUGCAGACAAGGGUGAGUGAGGGGGCAAUUCCUUUAUGUUACAAAAACUUGGGAAAACAACUACUAAGUUUUAGUUUGAGAUGAUUUUUUAAACUCUUACGAGUCAUUUAGCCCUGCAGGUAUUUUUUAUAGGUCCUGCAGCAGGGACUGCAGGGGAAAACUUACAACCACAGAGCCACACGGGACACAAAUUCAGCAUCUUUACAACCAAACAGAUGUAGUAAAAUCCAAAGCACUACUUGCUAAUUUAAAAAAAAAGCACAAUGAAUUUCACCUAAUGAAACAGUGUUAUAUGAAACUGUGAGCCUUAGCUGACUUCCUACUUGUCCUGAGGUGUGUAUCAGGCUGAAGGCUCUUGCAAGCCUUGCUGGUGCCUUUGGAGGAAGUUAGGCUAAAGAGUAAGCUUUGGCUAGCCAUUUUGGCAAUAUAGUAAAAAACCAAUCUGUCACAUUGAUUGGAUUUUUCUGUAUUCACAAAUGUUAUGUAAAUAUUCUUAAUAUUGCAUUAUAGAUGUAAAUAGACUAUAGUAGACAUGAAUCCUAUUGAUUAUUUGAUCAGUGUUAGCUCACCAUCUCUUGUAAACUCUCAUAAUCUAUUUAACAACUAUCAGGAAUCUUGUAAGUGAGCACUGAGUGAAUGUCUUCUUUUUUGAGCACUGUAUGUUUGUGUGUGGAUUUCACUGUAGGCCCUCCGUACCACUUUGGAUGGCGCCUUUGUAAGUAACUCUGGUACCGUCAGUUCUGGUUAAAAAGCUGCUAGUCUCAUCGUUUUUACUUUGGAAGGAAGGAGAACAGAGUGCCAGCAGAGGCUGCCCCUAAGGGCGAAACAUGCUUUGAUGACGAGAACAAGACAAAAUUUUCCUCUUGAAAAACGCUCAAACGCGCAAACGCUUUCAAACCGAACGCACUUAACUCUAAACUUCAAAUUGACUCGCAAAUUGCAGCGCUCCUGGAUGUUUCUGCUUGUGAGACAUGUCAUUUAAUACUCCCAGUCUUGAUUCCCAGAGGGGACGUACGCAGGUUUUACUGCAGUGUGUGCAACGACUGCUAAAUAGUAACAUGGACUGUGCCGCAAUGGUUUUAUUUUAUGUUGCUUUGGCCUGUUUGUGUUGCUUUUUCCACAUACGAGGAGAUCCAGCUGUGUUCCUGUGUUUAGCCCGUUCUGGGGGAAAAAAAGUUAUAUAAUUGAAGUUAAAUUGGAUUAACUGUUCCAGUUUAAUGGUCCUGAGCCGAACACAGCAAGUUGUCACAAGGCAUUCAAAGUCUAUAGUCACAUUUAAAAUUGCUAAAAAAAUAAGUACUAAUAAAAUGAGUCUUUUAUGCUGAUCUUCGCCACAGAUAUCAAUGAUAGUGAAGGGGUCACAAAAUGUACAUAUUCAAGCAGAAAAGCUUGUCAUUCAAAGCCCUUCUUACUAAUCCUUUAAAAUAGAACGGUGCUUUUCCCCCAUUGUAACAGAAAAAGAUUAUCAGCAUACACCUGUGUUUUUUUUUCAGUGUUCAAAAAUCAAUAAUUUGUUAUUGAAAAGAGAAGAAAAACCUCCCCUUUAAAUCUGCUUUUGCGGAAAAAAACCAUUCCUCAGUAAUUAAAUCAGUCUGAUCAGUUCAUAUAAUUAGAUGAGCUGGAAAGCAGAAUUGAAAGCAGCAUCCUGGCCUUCUCUUUGCUCGGCUUUGUUUGCUGCAGGGAGAGGCAGCUGCUCACAUCUUAUAUUUGUCUCCAGAGCACAAAUACACACACUUGACCACACACUAGGAUGCUCGGGAGAAUAGCACUGUGAGAACAAAGCGCUGUGGCAUUUUUGGGGAUUAAAACGCAACAGCAAGGCAGAGCUAGAGGGACGUACAAGCAGAAGGCAUUCAAAAUAAAGUGCUCGCCUAUUUAUUAGCCCACCUUGCCGCACAGUUUAAUGAAACAGGAACAAAAAGCCGUGGGUGAGCUAGUCUUGCGCGUUGAGGCAGAGUUGCAGUCUGUUAAUAGCUCUCCUCCUCCUAGAAAUAACAUGCUUUGUCUUACAUGAAAGCGCUGGGAGCAUUACCUUUUAUUACGCUGACAGGCUCUUGGACUCAAAAUGAGAGUCACACUCCAGUGCAGCUAUUGAAAACCUUCUGCAAGUGCAGGAAAUGAUAAGCUGGAGAAAACGAGGAGAUCACAGGAAGCUAGUGGGCUCCUACAAAUACAGCCUAAAGAUCCAGACAGAAAUGUUCAUAGUGGAGCGUUUGGACCCCUUUCUGUGAUAAUUCCACCUGUUUUGUGGCUUUUUACCACUUAACAUGAGGCACUGAUACUUAAUAUUUCCUUGUUUGAUAGUAAGUUUGUCGCGUAACUUCUGUAUAAAUGCUGCCCAUUUACCAUAAAUUCAGAUGGCAAAUGGGCAGCAUUAUUUGUAACUCACACAACCUAUUGAUGACAUUAAAAAAACAUUAAACGCAACCUGUCUUUGUGCCACACACCAGCAAAGUAUCAGCUGCCAUCAAGAUGCCCCAGAAAUCCCUGGUCUGUGUCAAAACCAACACAAAGUGAAGUACUGGUUGUUUCUGGGGGAAUCAUGUGGCUCUCACAGGGAUGUAGAGGUGAAUUCUUUGACGGAUAGGGAUCGGUAUCAUGGCGCUAUUACGCACAUACUGUUGUUAUUCUGCAUCUUAUUCAUUAACUUUACAUUAACCCAUGGUCACACAAUCAAGUUAAUUUCAUGUGGGCUGUAGGCUACCAGCAUACGUGACACAUGUGGGUCAGUGGCAGGUGAACUAGUGGAAAACUGCAUAUUCCCGCCAACGUGUGCGAGAUCUCUGUCGUUUUCCCCCCACAAAGAUGACAUUUGAUGACCUUCCCUUCAUGUUGAGUUUUGACACCUCAGUGUACAUCAGGAAAGACGUGGUUGAUGACCAUUAGAACAGUUUGCAGGUUUUUCCAAAGGUAGCUGCACAGGCAGAGACCACCAUCACUAACCUCUGAUGCACACCCAGUCAUUUUGUUCUAUAAGCAGUCCUGAAAUUUGACAGAAAGAGCUUCAGGUAGGCUUCUAAGGGAUAAAUAAAAUGUCACAACAGUUGUGAUUUGGCACUAUAUAAACAAACUUAAACGGAACUGAAUUGAAUUUCAAUCUUGGAGCUAAUGUUUAAUUUGCUCUGGCAGAAUGCGUCUGCCAUCCCCCAACUUUCAAAUAGAUUUCCACCUGAUCUUGUCUGUGCCAGUCCAAUUACAGCCGGUUAUCAACUACAGGGCGAGUUUGAUGCACCGACUCACCCCUCUGAACGCUGUAAUCACUUUACAUUUUUCCCUCAACAUGACGCCACACGUUGCUCUGAGUGUUUACAGGUCUAAUUGCAUCCAGGAGCAUUGAAACAGACUAAUUUGCAUAAGCGCACGUCGUAGGUGAUGCCAGGCUAAUUAUCUAGUAUUGUAGAAAGGUUGGCGUUAGCUCCAGGUUCAAAGGGCAGCGUGCACAGGAAAUAAUAGGAAACAAUCUGUGUCAGUGUCCACGCACCGAUCGAUAUGUCACACGAGUUGGGCCUCAAGAGGAUUUACAAGGACAAACAAGUGUUUGUAAUCAACAUUUGAUUCUAAAACGUCUGUUUUCUUUUCAAGAGCUUAAAAAAUGACAAAAUUUUUGUGUAGCAGGAAAAUCUCAGAAGCAGAAGGGUCUUGCUGAAAAUAAACGAUUAAGCCUGAAAAAACGUGGCAAACACAAUUUGCACUUAAUGAGCUGAAACACAGCAGCCCACCAGUUAAGUGCUCCUUUUACACAAGACUAUUUUUGGAAGGAUAUUGUAGCGCUGAAACGUUUUUAUGUUGUUUUUAUGUUGUUUUUAUGUUGUUUUUUUGUUGUUUUUUUGUUGUUUGCCAUUUGGGGUUUUUGCAUCAGAGGAUUUCUAUUAAUUGGACAAAUGUUUCACACAGACAAAGGCCAAAAACGUAAAUAAAUAAAAGCACUGUGGGAAAUAAAUGUAUUUACAUCAACAUAUGUCCAUUAACCGGUACAAAUGAUUUAAAUUGGACUGUUUAGUUAUUAUUUAGUAUGUUAAUGUGCUGAAACAGUUACUAUCUGGGGCACUGUAUCCAUUUCUAUUCUAUGUUUACUUGGUAGAAACUAUAGAGAAUGUGAGUACAAUAUACUUAAUAAUUAUUGGUUUCACUUAUCUAUUUGCGGCUCUACUUCAGCAGCACAGGUUAAUAAGUUAAACUUCAGUGCUUCGCAGUAAAUGACAGAGUGUGUUACGUAUCGCACUGUAUAAAAUGUAUCUGGUUUAUUUUGUGCAUGAGUACAGUCAUACCUAAUAACUGUUAAGAUCUUUCUACCACAGGCUGAGACUAUAAGGCUGCUGUUCAGGAGUAUUUAAUGAAGUUUACACAGCUGGUUGUUUGGAAAUGUCUGUGUGCUGUGAGGAAUCUGCAAAAUGCUACUGGAAAAAAAAAUCCCACGUUUGCAGUGAAUAUAAAAAUACACUGAUGUUUAUUUA